AUGGUCCUUGGCUGGCAGGGGUGGAGCAGGGUCUCCGGGGCAGGGAGCAGAGGUGAUGCACACAGGCAGUGCCGCCGAGGGGAGGCACAGGGAGCUGCUCAGCUGAAGCGAGCCCAGGCAGGUUCGUGGCAGGGGAAGUGGGUCGGGGUAAGGCGAGGAGCGAGGCCAGGCGGCGCUCAGCAGGGGAAGUGGGCAGGUGACCGUGCGAGGCGCUGGGCAGGUGGGUGUUCCCGAGGAAGUGGGCGCGGGGCCGGAGGAGGGUCAGCGGGCGGGGUGCGGCGGGGAAGCGGGCACGGGCUGCGAGGGGCUGCCCCGGGGGCGGGAGGCGGCCCCGCCCGGGCCGUGGGGCAGCCCAGGGGCCGCGGUUCCCGGCGGGGCAGCGAGGGGCGGGCGGCGGCCGCGCCGAUAAAGCGGCGGGCGGCGGCGGCGCGGGCAGAGCGCAGCGGCUGCGGCGGCAGCGAUGGGGAUGCUCAGCCUGCCCGGCUUUCUGUCCUGCGGGAAGAAGAAGGGGUCAGGAGGACUGGCAGCUCAAGUAUCCGUGCCCAUCCUGUCUGGGUGAUCAGCCAUACCAAGGACUUCAAUUUUGGAGAUGCCCGCAUCAGCAAAGAGAACUCAGAGCGUGAAAACUGGUCGAACAAGGCCGACUACCUGCUGUCCUUGGUGGGCUAUGCCGUGGGCCUGGGCAACGUCUGGCGCUUUCCCUACCUCACCUACCAGAAUGGAGGAGGUGCUUUUCUAAUCCCCUACACCCUCAUGCUGGCGUUAGCUGGCUUGCCCUUAUUUUUCAUGGAAUGUUCCCUUGGGCAGUUUGCCAGUCUAGGGCCAGUUUCCAUCUGGAGAAUACUACCAUUGUUUCAAGGAGUGGGCAUCACAAUGGUCGUCAUCUCAACAUUUGUGUCUAUCUACUACAACGUUAUCAUUGCUUAUGCAAUUUACUACUUUUUUGCCUCAUUUCAAAAAGUGCUGCCAUGGUCAGAUUGCUUCUCCUGGGCAGAUGAAUUAUGCAGCAAGACACGGAUAGUAAGUGACUGCAACGCAACCUUGCAUGGGGAAAUCAUUCGUGCGAACUACUCAUUUGUCGCGGGCAACAAUCUCACGUGUAUAAAUGGCACCAUAAGCUACAAACCAGUGCAAUUUCCCAGUGAGCAAUACUGGAACAAAGUGACUCUGCAGCGCUCGAGUGGGCUGGACGAGACCGGCAGGAUCGUCUGGUACCUGGCUCUCUGCCUCCUCCUGUCUUGGAUGAUUGUUGGAGCUGCCCUGUUUAAAGGAAUCAAGUCUUCUGGAAAGGUUGUCUACUUUACUGCACUCUUCCCAUAUGUCAUCCUGCUCAUCCUGUUGGUGCGAGGGGUCACCCUGGAAGGUGCUUUGGAUGGCAUUGAGUUCUACAUUGGGAGAGAGUCCAACAUCACCAAGCUGAUGGAGGCAGAGGUUUGGAAAGAUGCAGCCACCCAGAUAUUUUUCUCCCUGGCCGUGGGAUGGGGUGGGCUUGUUGCUUUGUCUUCAUACAACAAGUUCCACAACAACUGCUACUCAGAUGCCAUUCUAGUUUGUGUGACCAACUGUGCCACCAGCGUGUUUGCUGGGUUUGCAAUAUUCUCCAUCCUGGGACAUAUGGCAUUUGUGUCUCAGAGGCCUGUCUCAGAGGUGGUGGACUCAGGGUUUGAACUGGCCUUUGUAGCCUACCCAGAGGCUCUCUCCCAGUUACCAGUUUCUCCUCUGUGGUCUUGCUUGUUUUUCUUCAUGCUUGUGCUUUUGGGCCUUGACUCCCAGUUUGCCAUCGUGGAAACAAUUACAACCACCAUUCAAGAUAUAAAUCCCGGAGUGAUGAAAGAAUUAAGAGUACCUAUAACCCUGGGUUUAUGUGCAGCAUUCUUUUUUCUUGGGCUUAUCUGUGUUACUCAGGCAGGAAUUUACUGGGUUAACCUAAUAGAUCACUUCUGUGCUGGAUGGGGAAUCCUUAUUUCAGCUGUCCUGGAGAUAGUAGGCAUUGCCCACAUUUACGGAGGACAAAGAUUCAUUGAAGACAUUGAAAUGAUGAUUGGAAAGAAGAGCAGUUCAUUCUGGCUGUGGUGGAAAAUGUGCUGGUUUUUCAUCACUCCUGUGCUGUUAAUGGCUGUUUUGGUCUGGUCUUUGAUGACAUUUCCAAACCCCACUUAUGGCUCAGUGUUAUACCCAGCCUGGGGAAGCAUUGUUGGCUGGUGCAUGAUCAUCUUCUGCGUCAUCUGGAUUCCCAUUGUUGCUAUUGUAAAAAUACUUAAUGCUGAUGGAAACAUUGUUGAGCGCAUUGUCAGCUGCUGCCGGCCUGCAGCAAACUGGGGCCCCUACCUGGAGCGUCACCGGGGAGAGCGGUACAGCCACAUCGUGGAUCCCAGGACAGCCAAGGGGCAUGAGAUCCCCACUGUGUCUGCCAUCAUAUACAAGCAAUAUUGAGAUGGCUGUUUGGAUGACUGUUUUUUAGUACAUAUACGCGGGUUUUGGUUUUUUAUAUUGGAAAGGUACAAGGCGAAAAAAAAAAAGUCAAAUCAACAGCCCUGCCCCUUUAAAAUCCAGCCCCCAAAUGACAGCGAGUCAUAUUCUUUAUUUGUAGUGCUUUGGGGAGGGACACAUCAAUAAGGCACUGAGAUCUCAUCAGAUAUGUGGGUUGAGAGGGCAGGAUAAUACAUUGCAGGCUCCCCAGGCUGCUGGACUGGGCAUGCUUCACCCCAUGCAGCUGGUAUCCAGCUGGAGUGCAGAUACGGGUGUGGGGGACAGGAAAGACAUUCUGGUGCUCCCAGCUGGAGCCCAAAGGUGCUCUGUGUGUGUCUGUGUGUCUGUGUGUGUGUGCCCUGAGGUGCAGUUGCUGCCUUCUGCUGUGCUCUGCCACCCCAGGAGUGUGCAGUCAGCAGAGGGGAAGGCGUGUGCUGCUGCCUGGCACUGGAGCUCAGGGAUCAGGAGUAAUUCUUCUCUGUCUAAGCCUUGCUCAGUGUGCUGGGAGGCUGCUCAGGAUUUGAUGUUAAGUGUGCUCUGUGUGUGUGUGUUGUCUAAACAAAUACAAAUAUUGAGUGGCAAAAAUUUGCCAUCACAGGAAGUAAGGUUUAAACAUGGUGAAAAGCAGGCUGCCUUCUAUUUCUCAUUAUUCCCCUUGGGAUCCCUAGAGAGCUAUCUUCUCUGUCAUGCCCUGUGCUCAGCCCUCUUCUUUAAUUCAAAAACCUCAUGUUUCCAUAUUCUGUCAUUAGGUUCUGCAGAAUGAAAGAGUAACCAUUGAAUUCUGGUUUGUCUGCUCUCCUGUUUUCACCAGUGCUUUACCUAUCACAUUGUUUUCUGCUUCUUUCACUCAGAUUUGGGUAUUCCCUUCCAAAGGAGACCCAAAGGGCUUUUUUAAAAGAUUCAAACAGUGUUAUGGUAGGAAGCAGAACUUUACUUAAAGUGAAGGUUACAA